AUGUUUUUGAACUCAAUCAAUAAACUUCAUGGCUCUCUUACGAUUCUUUGCCAAAGGAAAGAUUCUACAACUGAAGGGAUUGCAUUGAAACAAGAAAAACAAUAUAACGAAACCGUGGAAAAGAAGAUUGCUGUCGAGAGUGAAAAGUUGAUAACAUUCGGAAUACAGAAAGGUUUGAUUGAUGCCAUCAGUAAAUUUAAAGAAGAGGUCGACAAAAAAAGAGAAUUUGAAAAUCCCCAAGAUAAGAAUACUAACGCUCAAACUACUCAAAAUGUGGAUGAGAAUAAAGAUACAAUAAAGAUGGUGGCUGUCAAGGCCGAAGGGUCACAACUGAUGACAAUUGUGAAUCCAUAUGAUAAAGAAGAAGAUGAUUUGUAUGAUGCGCUAGGAGAAAACGAGAAAGCAAUGGAGACGACGGGAAUCAAAAUAAAAACGCACCAAGAAAAGGACGUGGUAAAAAGUGAUAGUGCAUUUGAUAAAGAAAACAACAGCAUGCAUUUUACCUCAGAUGUAACACGGGGUGCGGUAGAACCGAAAGAAGUUAAAAUUGAGAAACAGCAAAAAGAGGAGGUGCUAAAAGUUGAAAGUGAACUUGAUCAAACGACCAAAAGCACGGUCGAUACAUCAGAGGUAGAUAUGGGCACAGUAGAACAAACAGAAAUCAAAAUUGAUACUCAAGAAGAAAUGGUGCAACAUGAUAGUAUACAAGACGAAAUAUAUGAGGUACCUACGUCGCCAAAGAAUAAGACACCUGAACCGCCAAUUGAGAAUUCAAGUCAGAUGAAAGUGCACAAAAAAGAAAGAGGACUUCAUGAAAGAUUUCUCCAUGAUAUAAUGAAGCCGAAAAAAGAAGCCACAGAGUUUGACCAGGGAGGCAAAAAAGUAUGGCUUGGUGUGUGCAAGAAACUGUUAGAAUAUGGUGCCUUACCUCACAAAGAGAAUUCUGAUGGUGUAACACCAUAUAAAGAUGUCGUAGAUGAGAAAAAUGAGGAAUUUGAUGAACUGGGUGCUCUUUUACUCACACAUAUGCCAAACGAUGAAGCUAGAAAGAUUCAUAUGAGACAUAGGGACAAAGGUGGAAAUAUACAGGAAGCCGAGAUAACAAUCGAGAAGCUGCUUGAAGCAGACAUGGUAAAAACUGUAAGAGCUCUUCUCGACUGUCUCAUUGAUAAACAACCUGGUGAAGAAGAUGCAUUAAUACAUUUUGACCUACUUGAUGCCGACUCUAAUGGCUAUACUCCCGAUGAGGAAGACGACUUUGACUACAAGGCAAAAUCAGGACUACAUGAACUGACAUAUUAUGGAGAUAUGGACUUACUAUAUCAUGACGCUGUCAGGCUAUUCAUAGACUACAAAUGGAAAGCAUUUGGGAGAAGUAGGAUUAUUCGGGAAGCGGUAGUAUAUAUCAUAUCCAUAUUUUUUCUGACUUUCUCUGUUGGAGUUGCAUGUCAAGCCCCUGAUCCACUGGUCUAUGACACUCCUUUACAAGUUACCCGGGCUGUUUUUGAGGUUUGUACGAUUAUUUUUGUACUGUACCACCUUUUGUCUGAAAUCAAAGAGAUGACGAGAAACAAAUUGGGCUACUGGAAAAGUUUUGAGAAUUUUUUUGAUUUGCUGAGUAUUUGUCUUCUUCUGAUUGUCAUUCCGCUCAGACUGUCAGCCGUCAAUGCACAGUGGUAUUCCUAUGCUCUUGGAUACAUCUGUUGGAUAAUGCGAAUUCUCAAAUAUGCACCUUUGUCAAGGCGAGCUGGCGUGUAUGUUCACACUCUUUGGGUGAUUAUCACACGAGAUAUUGUUCGAUUCAUCAUACUGUUUACCAUCAUCUUACUUGCAUUCAGUGGCAGUUUUCAGUUGUCUCUUCGUGGCGAAGGAAAAUUGGCAAAACUUAACUACACGAUGUCAGUGUUCGGAUAUAUGUUCAUAGGGAUACGUACACUGGUCGAACAACAACCAGUCAUUGACUACACACAUGAGACUAAUAACUCAAAUAACGUCCUCUCAAUUCUUAUUAUGGUUCUCUACCUUAGUGCCUGUGUCAUUGUUCUUCUCAAUCUGCUUAUAGCACAGAUGAACAAUCGCUUCAAUUGCAUUCAGUAUCAAUGCCAGCGAGAUUUGGAGCUUAGUCGAGCAAAGAUUAUAUCACGGAUUGAGCAAAACGCGACUUUUUCAUGCUACUACAGAUCGUGGUGCUACAAGAAAACUGUUAAGAAUAAUAACUACAAAAAAGAAUUGUUGAAGUGGGAAGAUCCCCCGCUGGACUCUAAUGAACGAAAUGUGCAGGAGGUUAGAGAUACGGUCAAUGAAAUUCGUGAUUGUAUGCACCAUUCAAAAGCCGAUUGCAGCAUUCGAAACCUUAAUGCUCAACUAGAAAGUAUGAAUGAAAGAAUGAGGGAGAUUGAGAAGUUGCUUAAGCGGCAAGGAUCCACAAGUGCUCUACGCGAAAGAGGUGUUAGAUAUCAGUCUAACAGUAGCGUCUGUUAA